AUGAAUAAUAUCAGAAUAAUAACACUUAAGCUAUUAAGAACAUAUGGUACUAAAACUAUGUCUGAAAAUGCGGGUGUACGAAGAAAAAGAGAAGUAACAAAAUACAGCAAAGAUUUUGAGACUGAUUUUGAAGAAUUGGAUCACGAUGAUAUAGGAAUAUAUGAAUCUGAUUUUACGGAAGUUGCCAAAUUUUAUGAAGAAAAAAAAAGAGCAAGAAAAGCAGAUCAUGAACAGCUGAAGCGACUUAUUGUCAAAAGUAAAUAUUUUAAGGAAGUAGAACCAAGUUUUCUUACUUAUGUUGAAAAAGAGCAAAUAAAGAAACUACAUAAAACUAAUCCUGAUGAGUGGACACCACAGAAGCUAAGUGAAAGUUUUCCAGCUUUACCUGAAACUAUAAAAAAAAUUUUAAAGGCAAGUUGGGUACCAAAAUCUGUAGACACAAUUCUUAAAUAUGAUAAAAAAGUUAUUCAAAACUGGAAAAAUUGGAAAACUGGUCAAUUAGCAGUGAAUUUUAACUUAAAGGAACAUUUAAUGAAAUUUAAAAACAGAACAAUUAGUUUAACUGAUAGAGAAACUUUGGUUAAUAAGUUUGUAGCUCCAAAGAUGGAAUUUCCAAAACCUACAAGUUCAUUUUUUUCAAGUAUUGUACAAUCUGUUGAUAAAAAACAGGUUAUAAAUAAUGAACAAUUAAAAUCUUCAGAGAAAAGCUUAAACAAAGGUGAAAAGUACUCUAAUGCAACAGAGAAAAAAGAACUAGAAAUUGUGAGAAAAGAAACAAAUAAUAUUAUGUAUAAAAAAUAUGAUGUAAAGAAGGAACAUAAUCAUAAACAGGAAACAUUAGUUUUUGAUGAAUUUAUAAAAAAAAAACUGAAUAAUCCAAGUGAUACAUCUCCUGAAGAAAGACUAGCAUUAUUGAAUACUUAUAAGAAACAUGUAGAAUGCAAAAAUUUAGAAGAUGUAAGUUUUAAUGUAUUAAAUAGUACUGCAAAAUAUACUAAUGUUCAAGAAAAAGAUAUUGGUAUUGUAAAAAAUUUAUCUAGCGAAAGUUCAACAAUUGUCAAGAAAAAUAGAAUUGAAUCCAAAGUAGCAACUGAAAUGAAUGCUGAACAUGUAAGUUUAGACACCUUUGUAAAGGAUCGAAGUUCAUAUAUGGAUACAGAUGUUAACUACAUAAAACGCUUAAAAAUUCCUAAAAAUUCAUAUAAGAAAGGCAUGACAUAUAGAGUAAAUGAUUGUUAUUAUGAUGAUGAUGGGGAAUUUUUAUACAGAAUACCAGGAAUGAGGAGCUAA